GUGUGGAGGGAGCUGCUUGAAAUGCAAAGCGCAUUGCGCAGCCGCGUCGUGAUUCUUGCGCUCGAUUCCUGGCGCAGCUAUAAAUGACAGCCUCUGCAGCCUUUUCACUUUUAGUCUCAAGGUGUCAACGCAGGCGCAAUGAACAACCACCACUGGCUGAGCUUUCUGCUGCUGCAGCUGCUGCCACUGCUCUGUGUGGCAAACACCAUCAAGGAACGCAAUUUGUUUGCCACCGAACUCUUUCAGACCCUGGCCACCGAUCGUCAGGAUGAGAAUGUGAUCAUCUCGCCCAUAUCCGUGCAACUCGCCCUGGGUCUCGCCUACUACGGCGCGGAGGGCAAGACGGCCUCCGAGUUGCAGAAGACGUUGCAUGCCUCGGCGCAGGAGAGCAAAGAUGGGCUGGCCGAGAGCUACCAUCGACUGCUGCACUCAUAUAUCAAAUCGAAGACGGUGCUGGAGAUCGCCAACAAAGUGUACACACGCGAGAAUCUCAAGGUGGCGCCACACUUUCGCGAUGUGGCCGAAAAGUACUUUGACUCCGAGGUGGAGAGCAUGAACUUUGAGCAGGAAUCAGAGGCGGUGCAACGCAUCAACGACUGGGUGAAACACAAGACGCAGGAAAAGAUCGAGCAUGUGGUCGAUAAGUUGGAGCCCGAUACGAAUGUGGCACUCAUCAAUGCCAUCUACUUUAAGGCACGCUGGGCACGUCCUUUCAAUGACGAUGACACCAAGGAUCGCGACUUCUGGUUGAGUGAGGACAAAGCUGUGCAGGUGCCCACAAUGUUUGCCGAUAAUUGGUAUUAUUAUGCCGACUAUCCGGAGUUGGAUGCCAAGGCAAUUGAGUUGUUCUUCGAGAACAUCAACUUGACCAUGUGGUUCAUUCUGCCCAACAAGCGCAGCGGUCUCCAGCAGCUGGAACAGCAACUCAAGGGCGUGGACUUCAAGCUGCUCGAGGAGCGCUGGCAAUGGCAAAGUGUCGCCGUCUAUUUGCCCAAGUUCAAGUUUGAGUUCGACACCGAUCUGAAGCCCACACUCAAUAAGUUGGGCAUCAAUGCCAUGUUCUCGGCGGGAGCUGACUUUAGCAACAUCUUCGAAGAGUCGCCUAUUGGCACUCGCAUCACCAAAUUGCAGCACAAGACCUUCAUCGAUGUUAAUGAGAUUGGCUGCGAGGCAGCAGGCAUCAGCUAUGCUGCUGGUGUUCCCAUGUCGUUGCCAUUGGAUCCCAAGACUUUUGUGGCCGAUCAUCCAUUUGUGUUCAUCAUUCGCGAUCAGCAUGCGGUUUAUUUCACGGGUCACAUUGUCAAGUUCUAGGCUAAGCACAACAUUCAUUUAUUCUCACACUUCAAUUAUAUAAUCAUAAUUUGAAAGCAUUUUAAUAAAUUCCAAUUAUUCGAUACUUA